AUGGUUACUAUUAGUGAAGUUAAGGAUGAGUCCAAUUCAUCCAAUAAUGUUCAUACAAGAACAGCAGCUCAUACUCACAUCAAAGGUUUAGGUUUGGACGAUACCGGUGUGGCAAAAAAAGUUGAAGGUGGGUUUGUAGGACAGAUCGAAGCUCGUGAGGCUUGUGGUGUCAUUGUGGACUUAAUCAAAGCAAAAAAGAUGUCUGGUAAAGCUAUAUUACUUGCUGGUGGUCCUUCAACUGGUAAAACUGCUUUAGCGUUGGCUAUAUCCCAGGAACUGGGUCCAAAGGUCCCAUUCUGUCCAGUUGUGGGAAGUGAACUGUACUCUGUUGAAGUCAAAAAGACUGAGGCGUUAAUGGAAAACUUCAGAAGAGCCAUAGGUUUGAGAAUAAAAGAAACUAAAGAAGUUUACGAAGGUGAAGUCACCGAAUUGACUCCAGAAGAAGCCGAAAAUCCACUAGGUGGUUACGGUAAGACCAUUUCUCAUGUUGUUGUGGGAUUAAAAUCGGCUAAAGGUACAAAGACUUUAAGAUUAGACCCAACUAUCUAUGAAAGUAUUCAAAGAGAAAAAGUAAAUGUAGGUGAUGUCAUAUACAUUGAAGCCAAUACAGGUGCUGUCAAGAGAGUGGGUAGAUCAGAUGCAUAUGCCACAGAAUUCGAUUUAGAAACUGAAGAAUACGUUCCUUUACCUAAAGGUGAAGUCCAUAAAAAGAAAGAGAUUGUUCAAGACGUCACAUUACAUGAUCUAGAUAUUGCUAACGCAAGACCACAGGGAGGUCAAGAUGUUGUUUCCAUGAUGGGACAGUUAUUAAAACCUAAGAAGACUGAAAUCACUGAAAAAUUAAGAUUAGAAGUGAAUAAAGUCGUUGCAAAAUAUAUCGAUCAAGGUGUUGCAGAACUGGUUCCAGGUGUUCUAUUUAUUGAUGAAGUCAACAUGUUAGAUAUCGAAAUUUUUACAUAUUUGAACAGAGCACUUGAAUCCAGUAUUGCACCAGUUGUUGUUCUUGCUUCAAACAGAGGAAUGACAACCGUACGUGGUACCGAAGAUGUCGUAUCUCCUCACGGUGUUCCUCCUGAUUUGAUCGAUAGACUACUAAUUGUACGUACCUUACCAUACAAUAGAGAUGAAAUUCGCACCAUUAUUGAAAGAAGAGCUAAAGUUGAAAAUCUAAAUUUAGCUGAAACGAGUUUGGACUUGUUGGCAGAUAUGGGUGUAGAAACAUCCUUACGUUAUGUCUUACAGUUAAUGUCACCUGCUGGUAUAUUGGCACAAACAUCUGGCCGUGAAGAAAUUAUGGUAAGUGAUAUUGAAGAAGCUAAGUCGUUAUUUUUGGACGCAAAAAGAUCAACUAAAGUUCUUGAAACAACUAAAAACUACCUGUAA